AUGGAACAAAAAAACAACAAAUUUUCAGUUUUCUCAAGAGUUUUUACCUCAUCCCUUUUAGUAAUUUCAUGUGCCUUUGGUGAAUCAUGGGAAAAUACAGAAUACCAGGGUAAUGGAUUAAAUGCUAUGAGAACAAGCAGAGUAUUAUUAGGUGAAACUGCAGUAGAAAGAGCACAAUUAGGAGAUUAUGCACAUUUAAAACAUAAAAUUAUUGAUAUAUUGGGUGAAGAUGAUGACGCUUUUGGAAAACGUUUAAAUGAUUUAGCUAAGGAUGAUGUGUUUAGAAGCAGAUUUAAUAAAUUAAUCCAUGAUGAAACCUUUCAAAAGAGCUUCGAUGAUUUGAGCAGAAGUAUGAGUAAUUUUGAUUUAUCUUUUGAUGACUUAAAAAGCAUUGAUAAUCUCAAAAAAAAAACUGAGAAAAAAAAAAAAAACAGGAAUUCUUUCAACCUUGACAAUUUCUACGAUGAUGAAGAUGAUGUUGAAUCCAAAACUGAAAAACCUACCAAAUCAAAAAUGGCUUUAGAAAAAUAUGGUAAAUCAAAAAAAUCAAAUAAAGGAUCAAAAAUCUCAAGCAAAGACAGUAAAUCAACUUCAUCCGGAAUUAGUAUCUUUGGUGUUGAAUUGAAACCUGAAUCUCUUGAAGAAAUGGUUUCAAAAGGACCUAAAUAUGAAGAACAAUAUUCAAAUGGAUUUAUGGAUACAUUAAGAAGAUUAGACAAAGAGUUUGAAAUCGAAUUAAUUCGUAUGGUGAAAGACAAAUCACUUUCUGACUAUGAAGAGUGCAAAUAUAAGAGUGACGAUGGAAAAUACCAACACGUUCUGAGAAAAAUGAGAAUAUUUUUACCACCAACCUUCAAUAUGGCGAUUUUAAUGAUAAUGUUGGUAUUUAAGAGCCUUUUUUUCCCAUAUAUAUUUACCUUUUUUUCAAUGACAUUCGUUGCAAUGGGAGUAUACUAUGCAUAUAAAUUUGAAAAAAUUAACAGAAUGAGUAGAUUGUACAAACAUUUUAACAAAAAAGGAAAUCUUAGAAAUAAAUCAAAAAAACACUAA